AUGGGACCCAGCAGAUGCAUCUGGCAAGGUUGGACCUUGGAGAGGGCAGCCCUGACGCGCGGGAUGGGCACCUGGCUCCGGGUCUGCUUCUGGGUCGGCUUGGGAGUCUCGGUGCCCGGAGAAGGAGGAGGGCCGGGGGCUGGAACUUUCACCUGCCUCACCAACAACAUCCUCAGGAUUGACUGCCACUGGUCGACCCCAGAGCUGGGCCAGGGCCCCAGCCCCUGGCUCCUCUUCACCAGCAACCAAGCGCCGGACAGCAAGCACCGGUGUGUCUUCCGGGGCAGCGCGUGCACCGUGGUCCUGCCGCCCGAGGAGGUCAUUGCGCCUUCCGACAACUUCACCAUCACUUUGCACCGUCACAUCUCUGGGAAGGAGCAGGUCAGCCUGGUGGACCCUCAGUACCUGCCCCGGAGACAUGUGAAGCUGGACCCUCCCUCCGACCUGCAGAGCAAUGUCAGCUCCGACUCCUGUGUCCUGACCUGGGGCGUCAGCCCUGCCUUGGAGCCGCUGGCCUUGCUGCUCAGCUACGAGCUGGCCUUCAAGAGGCAGGAGGAGGCCUGGGAGCGGGCCCGGCACAAGGGUCACAUUGUUGGGGUGACCUGGCUUAUCCUUGAGGCUGCUGAAUUGGACCCCGGUUCCACCUAUGAGGCCAGGCUGCGUGUCCAGAUGGCCAACCUGGAGGACGUCAUGGCCGAGGAGGAGCGCUACGAGGGCCCCUGGAGCGAGUGGAGCCAGCCCGUGAGCUUCCUGUCUCCCCAGAGACAAGGCCUCCUGGUCUCGCCUCUGAGGCAGCCCGACAGCACCUUUGUCGCCAUGUCCAUCUUUCUCCUGCUGACCAGCCUGACCUACGUCCUGUUCAAGCUGUCACCCAGGGUGAAGAGAACCCUUCACCAGAACGUGCCGUCCCCAGAGCCCUUCUUCCAGCCUCUCUACAGUGUGCACCACGGGAACUUCCAGAUCUGGACAGGGACCCACAGAGCUGGUGCACUGCCGAGCCAGGUGGGUGUCGGUGCCGCCCAAGGAGCCUCGGAGUCCAGCGCCCGGGAGGCCAUUGCCUUGCUUACCUACGAGCCGGCGGAUCCCUGGCCGUUCGUGAGCCCAGAGGAGGAGGGCCCUGGCACUGGGCUCCCGGCAGAGGAGUUGCCUGCAGCCCUGGAGUGGGGAGGGCAGCUGCCUGCCUACCUGCCGCAGGAGGAGUGGGUGCCCGCGAGGCCCGCCAGGCCGGCGCCCCCCCAGUCAGAGGGCAGCAGCAGCGACUACUGUGCCCUGGGCUGCUACGGGGGCAGCCGCUCCCCACCUCUCCCAGGAAGCGUGCAGAGUUCUGGGCCCCUCUACGCCUCGGCCUGCGGACUGUCCUGUGACCAGCAGAGCCUGGCUGCCAGGCCAGGAGGUGGCUAUGUGGGAGCUGGUCUCGGUCAGGAUCCAGACCCCGGGAACAGGCUGCACGAGGCCCCCGGGCCUGUCCGUCUCCCAUCCUCGGCACACAGUGGGCGCGGUCCUGAAAGUCCCCGAGCCCCGACUCGGCCAGCGGCAUCGUGUCCACUUUGGGGAAAAUGGACGGAAGCUUCUGGAGCGGACCCUUGGCUGGCACUGGACGGCCUGCAGAGGGGCCAGACGCCCGUCGGGAUGGAGGCAGGAGGCCCCUCCUCCCUCCUCUCUACUGAGCGCCUGUGGGGCGGGGCCUCUGCACCCCGCAUCCUGCCUCUGCUUUCUGGCUCCGUCCCAGGCUCCUCUGAGAAGAGGGCUGCUCUGCCCUCGCCCCUUAAAGGCCAGCCUGGGCCCGGUGGACACAGUGACCAGCCGGAGUGUCCUCUUUCUGUGCCUUCCUGA